UGGCAACCCUGGGUAGGAGGGCGCGAUGCCUCCGCUCGUGCAGCCGCUCACAUUUCUGCACAACACCGCCAGAGUGAGGGGGGCUGCCUUCGGCCACAGCAGCGAUCUCCCCCUCGGUGUCAUUUCUGAGGAGGACUCAAGAUCGCACCGCUAAACUGCACGCAGCGCUCAGUCUGGGCUGCAGUGGGGGCCAGACGCCCCUCCAUCGUUUCCUCGUAACCGAAACUCGAGACCUGAUCAGACUUCAGUCCAGAGAGGAGCUGCGGGGGAGUCUCCUUCUGACUGCAGUCCGCAGCGGGAAAUGGACGACAGCAGCGUUUCCUUACUUCUUUACCCGGAUGGGAAGUGUCUGAUAGCUUGACAGAGAGAGAAGAAACCAUGGAUAAAAUUUCUCUGCUGGUUUGACAUAGAAAGUGAAUUCAUCAUGGGUGGUUCCUCCACAGCACCUGAAGAGAGUGGAGCAUCGACUGUGCUUUUUCAAACGGGGCUGCUGUGUGGUUGUCCAAGUAAAAUCCUCAGGAAUACGCCGAAGAUUUUGGACCCACGCCCUAUCCCUAUCAUUUACAAACUGAGAGACCCUUCUUUUCACCAUUAUGAGGUUCCCCUCCCAGCCAACGGCCCUCAGAAGAACGCUGCUGCUGAGGACGUCAUUCAUCAUGCAUUUCCUGAAAAUGACUACGUGGAGAGAAAAGACUUCAAUCGUGAUGGACUAGAACCUGUCGCGCUUCUUCAGCAGACAAUGUCAGGACUGGCCCAUCUGCAUUCUCUCAAUAUUGUCCACAGAGAUCUGAAACCCCACAAUAUCCUGGUGUCCAUGCCUAACGCGCACGGCCGAGUCAGAGCUAUGAUUUCAGACUUCGGCUUCUGUAAGAAGCUUGCGGUGGGUCGCCACAGUUUCAGCAGAAGGUCUGGCGUGCCGGGCACCGAGGGCUGGAUCGCCCCUGAGGUUCUCAGCGAGGACUGCAAAGACAACCCGACCUACGCAGUCGACAUCUUUUCUGCUGGAUGUGUGUUUUACUACGUGGUGUCCCAGGGCAGCCAUCCUUUUGGCAAGUCUCUGCAGCGGCAGGCAAACAUCCUGCUGGGAAUAUACAGCCUCAAUCACCUGCAGAGUGACGUACAUGGGGACAUUGUAGCCAGAGAUCUGAUCGAGCAGAUGAUGAGCAUGGAUCCCUACAGGAGGCCUUCAGCUGAAAGUAUUCUCAAACAUCCUUUCUUCUGGAGUCUGGAGAAAGAGUUGCAGUUCUUUCAGGAUGUGAGUGACAGAAUAGAAAAGGAACCGCUGGAUGGACCAAUAGUGAGACAGCUGGAGCGAGGAGGGAGGGCUGUGGUCAAGGGAGACUGGAGGGAGCAGAUCACAGUUCUACUGCAAACAGCAAUGUUCAAAACUUGUAGGGUUAUUGUUGGUCUUUAUUUGCAUCCAUAGAUCCUGGUCAGCAUUGAGGAUGUAUGAUUGUCAUGUACCAAGUAAAAAUCAAAAUAAACAUUUGAUUUAAAAAGAAAAACAAAGAAAGAAAAUUCAGGCAAAGCGAGUCCAGUCCUCCCGAGAUCCCCUUAGAUCCAUUGACUCUGGACGAGUCCGGAUGACAGGAGCACAGACAGGAGCGUCAACUUAAGGAGUGGAAGCGAAGCAGGCCCCCUCUGCCCGGCCGCGGACUGGCGAGGACCAGGCCUGCAGCGCCUGGAGUCCACCGGCUGCCUUCUGCUGACACACAGGAACGCCACCCCAACACGCCUGCGUCUGCCACGCCACGAGAGAGCAGGCGGGAGGUUUUCCUGCAGCUGGACUGAUUGUCUGCAUUCUUUCUCUCACUGAGAAAGUUUGAUUUUUCCUUUUUUGUAUAUGCUCUAAAAGCUAUGAUCCAGUUUGUUACAGGAAACUCCUACAGCAUGUUCGCCUUCUGUCUCCAAAAAGUUAAGAGCAUUGCACACCAUCGUGAAAGGCUGCUCACUGGUAAUGUCUGUAAAUUCCACAGCUGCUAUUAGCAAAAUAUUUCAUUGUGAAAACCGUCAGAAGUCAUUCUUUAAACCAAAAAACAAAAUCGCAUUUAGUGUGUGUUUGACGGCAGAGCUGACUUUCUAGAGUGAGGGACACAAACCCACUUGCUACAGCUCACAACAUUUUGAAGACCCAUUUGAUUUCUCUGUUAUGUGGAUGUUUUGCCUUGCAUGAGUUUAAUUCUAACCUUCAACUUUCACACAAUCCUGUCUCAGUUAUUAGAGCCCUGAGAGUUGCAUCAAUUUAUUCAGUUUUUUUUCCAGUUGUACAGUUAUUGCCAUAGUGAUGCCUUCAUUUGCUGUAUGUGUGUCUACUGUAUUAUAUAAUCCUUCCAUAUUUGUGAAACAAUGCAGGAAACUUGUUCUUCAAGGUUACAGGAAAUUAAUCUGAAUUUGAAAAUGAAAAUUUUGAAAAUGGAUAAUGAUCGAAAUUGUAGACGGAAUAUAAGUGUCUGGAUAAAGAAGAGGUAGAUAGAGGGGAAAAAAUGAUAACAGGUGUGUGUAACUAGCGUAAAAUAAGGUGAAAAAGAUGAUGGCCUUAGUAAAUAUUGUGAAAAUAUGUAACAAUAUGAACUGUUGAAAGAAGGAGCAGACAUUGAGUUAUUCUUCUUUCUACUCCUUUUUCAAUCAUUUUUGUAUAUAUUACUUUAUUUUAUGUAUAUUUUUUGUGUUGUCUUUUGAAUGAAAAUAAAUAAAUAUAAAAAA